UCCCCAGCACCCCUCGCCCCCCCCCCCCCGGUUCUCCCCGGUUUGGGGCGGGCCGCGGUGGUUUUAUUCCACCCGUUCCCGGGGUUUGCACCGAAACCGAAGGAUUUUAAGUGUUUUCUCGCCGGUUUCCCCCUCGGGACACAGCUCCGGGCCCCUCUACCCUGCCCCGUGACGUCACGCCCCCUCCCCGACGUCACCCCCGGCGCGGCACGCGGCGGGUUAACGCACCCCGCUCCUCCCGCCCUCUGGCGGCGCUGCCGGAAGGGGCGGGGCGAAGGCGGCGGCACUUCCGGGAGCGGCGCGGGGCAGCGGGGGACCAUGAGCUGGAUACCGUUCAAGAUCGGGCAGCCCAAGAAACAGAUUGUACCCAAGACAGUGGAGAGAGACUUUGAAAGGGAAUAUGGAAAGCUUCAGCAAUUGGAAGAUCAGACCAAAAAACUUCAGAAGGAUAUGAAGAAAAGCACAGAUGCAGACUUGGCCAUGUCCAAGUCGGCUGUCAAAAUCUCUUCGGACCUCUUGUCUAACCCCUUGUGUGAACAGGAGCCCAGCUUUCUAGAGAUGGUCACAGCCUUCGACACAGCGAUGAAGAGGAUGGACUCUUUCAACCAGGAGAAGGUGAAUCAGAUCCAAAAGACAGUCAUAGAGCCUUUGAAAAAGUUCAGCAGCGUGUUUCCCAGCCUGAACAUGGCAGUGAAGAGACGGGAGCAAACACUGCAGGACUACAAGCGCCUGCAGUCCAAGGUGGAGAAAUACGAGGAGAAGGAGAGGACCGGCCCCGUCCUCGCCAAGCUGCACCAGGCCCGCGAAGAGCUGAGGCCGGUGAAGGAGGACUUUGAAGCCAAAAACAAGCAGCUCCUGGAGGAAAUGCCCAAGUUUUAUAGCAGCCGCAUCGAUUACUUCAAACCCAGCUUCGAGUCACUGGUCCGGGCGCAGAUUGUCUACUACACGGAGAUGCACAAGAUCUUCGGGGACCUGACGGCGCAGAUCGACCGGCCCGGCUUGAGCGAUGAGCAGCGGGAGCGGGAGAACGAUGCCAAGCUGAGCGAGCUGCGGGCUUUGUCCAUCGUGGCCGACGACUGAGCAGAUGCCGGUGAUGGGGAAGGGGCUGGGGAUCCCCCUCCCCAGGCUCCCACAACCGGGGGCUGCUCCCCACCUCCUCCCUCCCAGGGAUGGACUCAGGGGGGCUUUAGCUGCUGGCCGCUCCCUUUGCCCCCAUGGCUCUGCCCUCCUGCCAGGACAAGGUAUUGCCUGGGGCCAGGGUGGGGGGCACAGCAGGGCUCCCCCCCCCCCAGUCAGCUGCCCCCCCCACAGCCAGGCUUUGCCUUAAAAAGGGGUUUGUGGUGGAGCAAGGAGGCGAAAAUGGGGAGCGGGCUGGGUGCUGCUGGCCGACCCCAGACCCCAGCUCGACGCUGCACCAUCAUGCAGCUGUGUUGGCCCAGCACACCCCAGGUCUGGAUCCGGCCCAGGCUCCUUGCCUUUGUGGCGGCAGGAGGAUGGGACCACUCCUGCGGCUGCUGCUGGGCCAUUCAUUUUGUGCCUUAGGAGCCCAGUAGCCCCCCCCCGGGGGAGGGUAAAAGCAUUCACAUCCCAUUUUUUGAGGCAUGGGGAGAGGGUGACGAAAGGACUGCGGUUCCCAUGCCGAGCAUCAAGUGAUGCCGCGCUCUGAAUCCGUCCCGUUUCAACCGAAACGGUGCAAAGUGCCUCUGCCCCACAGCUGGGGGGGGGGGGGGGGGGUCACAUCUGCACAGUGAUGGGUGCGGGGGUGCCCAGACCCCAGGGCAGGGGGAUGCAAAAGGGAAAUGCAACCCAGCCAGGAGCAAACCCAGGGAAAACUGGGGGGGGGGGAGGGGGGUCCCUACAGCCGGACCUGACCGUAGCCUGGCAGGGGAGGGGUGGGGGGACCGGGGGGGGGGGGGCUCUGCCCUUCUUCUCUAAUAAAAGUUUUUGGUAGAGCAGCGCCGGGCCGGGGUCUGUGUCGCCCUCUGCCGCCACCCGACAGCCACUGCCGCGGGUGGGGGGGGGGGAACCCACGGAGGGGGGGAUGCUCCCCCCCACCGUGGGCUGGCACGGCCCCCAGCCCCCCCCCCCCCCCCCGGCUACAGCAGAACACUGUUGGUUUGGAGGUGUAAUUUUAAGAAAGGUAUUAUGGGGCUGGGGGGGUGACGGGGGGGAAGAGGGAUUGAACAGCCCCUGGAGAUGCAGGAAGGAAAUGGCUUCAGCAAAGCACAAGAAAUACAAUUUUACAGUCGAAUACAGUGAAUUCGAACCUUUCACCAUAUGGAGAGGCUGCAGGAGCCUUCGCUGCUGCCCUCCGCCGCCGCUGCUGCAUGGGACAAGGGGCUGGACAGCCGUUACGGGGCCGGCACAGUGCGGAGCGGAUAACUGCAGCGAAGAAACAGCUACGGGCACGGCUGCAUCCAGAGAUUCCUCCGAGCUGGGCAGCCUGCGGCACAGCGAGCACCAGCCCCCGUGUUUGGGUCCCUCCAUCCUAAACAAGCCAGUCUGUCCCCGACUUGUGCAUCCAGCUCAGAGCACCGAGACGGCCCGUGCCCCGUCUCAGACACACACAAGAUUUCCUACUUAAGAGGUUUCCAUUAAAUGCAAACAACCCAUCAGAGCAAACCCUGCGCAUCCCUACGGCUGCCCUGGCUCUGCAUCCCUGGGGUGGGAGCCAGCUCAAGCCCAUCUCUGCAGGGAGAGGGCCGGGACAGAAAAGGCUCACAGGGACCCUGCCACCAUCCGUGACCCCGCUGCGUGACAUCCAGGCGGGCAGCGACUUCGCUUGGUCCUGGUGGAGAUCUGGUGGAUGCUUGUUCCUCUAAGCAGUCAUUAGUCUAGAAGAGAGGAGAGGGGGUGACCGGCAGCUCGCAAAGACGGCACCCCACAUCCCAGCACGUCUCACCCCGGCUUACCCAGCUUGACCUCCAGCGCAUGGAUUUUGCUCUCCAGAUGGAGUCGGCUGCUCUGCUUUCUCCAGCACCUUCCCCAGGCUGAACACCGUGACACUGUGGGAGACCUGGGCCAGGGCAGGAGGCAGCCGAGGGAGUUUUCCUGGGACAAGAACGACUCAUCGCCCACCACACGAUCUCCGGCAGCACAGGCUCCACGAAACCCCCCCAUCAUCCCUACGCCUACCGAAGAACUCCUCUUCCCCUUGGUACAGGUAGCCACAGAAAUUCAAAAUUGAAGUACACAAAGGCUAGGAGAGCAUCCAGGGGCAGGACAAUGCUUGGGUCCACAGCCUUGGCCUGCUAAAACACAGAUGUGCAUUAGGGAUGGGAGAGGUCAAGCUCCCCAAAACACCAGCGCUGCAGAGCGGGGUGCAGACCGCGCUGAGAAUUCCCAGGAUGAGUGGGACUGCACCAGGGACACCGGGUUCCCCCCUGGCUAUGUACCUACAUCUGCUCAGCCUCCUCCUCUGCCGUGUCGGCAGCCCUUUCUUGGCUCCAGGUUCCUGGUCUCUGGUGGCUCUUCUUUCUCCAGCAAGACCGGCAGCGCCUUGUAGUUCUUGUAGCCAAAAAUCCCGCUGCAGCAUCUCCUGGAAAAGCUCAGCCACCAUCACGGCUGCUUCGGGGAGGGAGAGGGGCACAGGGGACCUGCCCACCCGUGCUGUGCCGAAACUACCUCGGAGGAGAGCUUCUCCCACUGCCUCCUGUGCUGCAGCAGGGUGAAGAGGGAGAUGUUGGAGCAGGCAGCCUGCCUGUCCUGCCUGGCCAGGUGGGGAUGGGCCACGAGGGCUGGUUCCCCGGGGGCUUCGGGCUCCAGCAGUAGCUCGGUGGUCUUUGCUGCUCGAUGGCCUCCAUCUCCUGCUAAAAACUGCCCUGUUUAGGUGAGAGCGGGAGGAGAAGGUGCUGGGAGCUGUCACCCAGAGCGGGACCUCUCCUUCUCCAAAACACAGCCCUGUCCAAGAACCUACAGAAAUGAAACCACCUUUUGGGACAUCUUUGCGGGCAUCACCACGCUCAGCUCCGUGGCAAAGCCUCACCAUUGUGGGCUUCUCCUCCGGGAAGUCCUGCCCAGACGUCAAGCAGGAAAAUCACCACCACCUCCCACCAGUACCUGAAUUUGGCAAACCGGACCCUGCGGCGUGGCAGGGAAUGGGGGUGAGGUGCGCCCCAGGAAGCCCAGCAGAAAGCGGGGAGCUGGACCCCCCUAAAACCUUCCCACUGCCAGCAGGGAGGCUGCAAAGGCAGGAGUGAAGGGGAUGGGAACAGAGCCCUGACAGGUUAUGGAAAGGCUGGUGACUGUCCCCAGCGAGGCCAUUUGCAGGGACCGAGUCCGAGAGCAUCCCCUGCCCAGCCCGCACCUGGAUCUCGUACAGUCGCCGCUGGGACCGAGCCAAGCUUCCUCCCCCAGCACCCGGCAUGGAGAACUUCAUCUCCCCUCAGCUGUUCCUUCCCAACCGCAUCACAUGCCGGGCCAGGUUUAAGCAAAAUAAAAUCAGUUGCCACGGUUA